AUUACAGGUGGCGAGCGAAGCAACCAUUUGCUAGCCAGCCACUCGCACAUAAAUUUAUAAAAUUUGGCUGAGAUGGAUUCAGAUACUUUACACUAUUCGCUGGAUUUAGUGUCUGGGAACGGCUUGACGUUGACAGCUGAGCAGAGAGCAGCCCUGCAAACCUCUUCGGUUAUUCUGAAGAGAAACUACAAAUUCAACCGCGUCUUAUUUUGGGGAAGGAUCUUAGGAAUGAAAAGUGAUUAUUAUAUAGCUCAGGGGAUUGGGGAAGAUGAAAUGAGCGACAGAAAGUGUCUAUACAGUUUUAACUGCAUUGAUUGGCACUUGCUCCCUCCUGCCACGGAUGCCCUGAUAGAAGAGGUGGCAGUGGCAGCCAAGGGGUGUUUUACAGGUGACCCAUCACACGAGUAUGAGCACACAGAGAUUCGGCAGCAGGGAGAAGGAGACGAGGCUGUGGAGGAGGAGGUCAUGGUGAAAGUGAAUGAAGAGAAAAGAUUGGCUGUGUCUGUGUUUAUCAUUGAUAAAGAGGUGGCUGUUGUACCACGUGGUGCAUACAUGAAGAACCCUAAUGGCACUGUACAGACAAACCGCAGCUUUGAGGGCUUGAACCCCUAUGAAGCAGGAAAGCUGAGGAACUAUCUACAUUUUUCUGAGCCCAAAAACCUGAAGAAGAAAAGCAUUUUAGAAAUUGCUGAUCUGAACCCCUCCAUCGACUUUCUGGAUUCUCUGAGUGAAGACACACCCAAAGGAUCAUGGAGUCUACAGUUUGAGCAAGGCAGCAGAGUGUGCAUGAUCAGAAGUCUGCUGUGGCAAGAUCUGACAUUCUUCCACAUGCCCAUGACCCCCCAGCAUGGUUACAUCUACACAGGACAAGGACUUAAGAGCCUGGACCUGCCUUUCAUGCUGUAGGAUGAGAAGAGAAUGGACCCUACAGAGGCAACCUAAUAAGACUAAAUGUCCCUGUAAAUGUAGAGAACAGUCCAUGACCUUAU